AUGGUCGGCCAACGAAAAGCCCGUGCCGGCCAAUUGCCCAGCCCUGGUAAGCUGUAAAUUAGUUUCACACCUUGGCAAAAGCUGUGCUAACUUCUGCCCCAGUCUUUUUUUUUACUUUGAUGGCCGACCCGCUCGCUCCCUUUUCUUUCAUAGCUUCCCUCGUGAUGGCUUGUUUUGAAUGCUCUGUUUCAAAAUGCUCUACCGAAUUCGCCCGGGAUCGAGCGUAAGUUCUGGAGUGUUCCUCUGACAGGCAAUGAGCAUGUGGACAAACUAUCAGUUGAUUGUUCCUAUCCUUUUCUUAACAGCCUGAUAACUAACUUUUUCUGGAUCGAUGGACAUUGUGUGAUUCAGCCGUAGAUGAUUUGCCAUGGAGCCUUUGGACGCAAAAGGCUUCUCAAGGCAGACAACAUCCCUUCUCGUCGAACCACUUCUUUAUUCUCCAGGUAAUAAAGUCUGCGUGUUGUUCCGGACACGCUUGCCGUUGGUUUUUUCAACGAAUUUGUUCAGGUGAUCGGAUUCGCCGUUCGUUUGCUGUUUCGGACUUCCUCUUGUGACAGGGAGAGACAGGAGAGACACGUACUCUUGUUCCCUGUCUACCAGAGUGCCGAAUCACCGGCAAUCUCGUCAGUCGGGCUGGGAAGAGCGCCACGUCUGUCUAUAAACGUGACUCCAAUUUUCUUUUUUAUUGUAAAGUAAUUUUUCUCAUGUUAUAAUCCAGUGGUAUAAUAAAUCUUUAUGAUGUAAGCACCGAAGUGUAUAUUCUAGUUUUAAAUCGAAAAUGAGCAUUUGUGUGCUUUGGAGUGGAACUCAUUCCAAGCUUGUUUUUGAUCUGUUUUGAGUUUCCCGGGAUGUUUGAAAUGACUCUUCCAGUGAGAAAUGAAUCGAAGAAACGCGUCAGCACUUGGUACAGCGUCGGUCAAAAAUUUUUCUUUUUUUUAUGCUUUCUAGCUGUUUCACAUCAAUUCUCCGUUGAUUUUUAUUGAAAUUUCUGCCAAAAUCCAACAAAUGCCACUUUCUGCUAAACAAGGCGCAGUACGAUGCUUCAAAACCCGGCGGGUGUCCGCCGGGCCUCCACAAACGCUAGCCGAGUUUCGGUUUUUUCCUUCAAUUUUUUCACAAUUUCCAGACAUUGUCUAGCAUUUUUUCGAAUGACAAAUCAGUAAAAUGAAAUUUCUCUUACCUUCUCUUAAUUUUAUGACGAAAUCUCAACUCAUUCGCCAAUAAACCUCGUCUUAUUAGGCAAAAUGAAGGUAAAUCGCAAAAUCGCCCGAUUUUCAGAGGAAAUGGUGCGAGAGCGAAAAUCGCGAAGCCGAAAAUCGAUCGGGCCAGUUUCGACGCCACAAAAUACGGCGAUCGAAGCGGAGAAGCCGGUGGAAAACGGGAAAAAGCAUUUGAACGGCGAAGUGAGAAACGGGAAAAAGAUCAGCGAGUCGGAGAAGGAGCUCAGUAGACCUCUUGGCGAUCGCGAAAAAGAACCGACCACGUACGUGAAAAACUAGGUAAUUUGAGUCUAAUUGUCUCAAUUUCAGAGCAAAAUCAGAGACAAAAGCAGCGCAAAAGAAUAAAUCGAGUGGUGGAUCGCAAUGUGUGCUGCUCACGCAGGGAAUCAUGGCCAACGAUCACGUCAAGAUUGACAGUGUUAUCAGAAACCUUAAUAAUGAAAUUAUUAACGUAAUCUACAGAACUCCGAAGCGUUUUCUAUCGAUUUAUAAAUUUCAGGCUACUCUCCGUGAUCUUCAACCUAUGCAAGUCUUGCCACUCCUCAAAAUCAUCGAAUCUCGUCUCAAGACCCGAAAUGCAGCCGAGUGAGUCUUUGAAUUCGUUUGUCUGUACUUAAAAUGCCAAUUCAGCAUCCGACCGACAAUCCGAUGGGCUCAAGUCGCGUUCUCCGUCCACAUGCCGUACCUGAGCUCGCUUCCGAAUCUGGAAAAAGAGAUUGGCGGACUGAUGGGAUGGUUGCGCGCGAGAGUCGGCCAUCACAGGGAGCUCAUGUCGUUGCACGGAAAGAUAUCGACGAUUGCGGAUCUGAUCAAGAGAAGAACCAACAAUGUGGUCAUUGUGCAGCAGCCGCUCGUCGUUUUCAACAAUGGUAACGACGAAUUUCAUCCGGGGGUUCUCUAAUUUCGACAAUUUUUCAGAUGUCGACUCGGACUCGGAAGACUUUGACACAAUCGCGUCGGACGACGACGGCGAGAGCAGCGAAGACGACUGGUGGGAGGACAACGAGUUGAAGGACGAGAAUCAGGAGGACGGUGAAGAUGACGGUGCUUCAGACGAUGACGACGACGACGACAGCGAGAUGGACGCCGACAGCGCCGGAAGCGGAGGAAGCGGUUCGGAGGUAAUUCCAGGAUCCCAAAGGAAGUUGCGGCCAGAGAGAAUUCUAAUCUGUGAAAAGAAUCAAAUCCAUAUUAAGUUUCUAGGUGUAAUUUCAGUUUUUUGUGUGUUAGUUGUCCGCGCGCGCCCGUGUAAGCAAUAUCUCAUCAUGUGUUGUAUAAUGAGAACCUGCUUUGCCUUUUCCACAUCACACACCGACUAUUUUGGGAAUUACAGUCGACUUCAGGGCUGGGCACCACUUGGUACUUGGUACCAAUCCGACCCUAUGUUCAAUCGUGGUUUGCAGUUUCUACCUUGAAAUAUUCAGCCUCAUUGGACCAUAAAAUCUGGAUUGAUAGUGAUUUGAGUCUGAAAACACAGAAUCAAGCCUCAAAACACUAUAUUCCAGAUUUGAUGUUCCAAUCGGGCUGAAACUUUCAAAGUAAGCACUCGUAGCCAUGACUAAACAUUGUGCAAAGCUGCGGUCCAAUAAGUUGAUAGAUACUAGAAAAUUACGGCCCCGCCCUGCCCAAAUUUCAAAUAAUCAGGAAUCAUUGUUUUUGCAGAACGACGACAACGAAUCGGACGAAGACAUGGAGGUCGGAUAAAGUUGGAGCGAAACAAGCCACGCCCACUCCCAUUCACUCUGAUUUCCGAUUCUCCACAUCAUUUGUGACGCCCCCGCCCCUCAAAAAUCCACAUUCUAAAGCAAUUCCUCGUUUCUUUUCUUUGCUUUUUCACCCCUUCUCCCGGAAAGAAAGUAGCAAUUUUUCGCCCCCAUGAAAACUGCGCUCCUUUUUUUAUUUGUUGAACUCUUCAAAUUCAUUGUUGUUUUGUUGUUAGUGUUUUUUUUUUUGCCUUUUUCCAAUUUUUAUGCUUUCACCACAGCUCCUCGUUAUCGCCUUGUCUCUCUGGUAAAUUCGAGUAUUGUAACCAUGAAUUUCGUUUUUUUAUCUCUUUCUCCUCAACUUCUUCCUCAUUUUGGCUCCCAUAGGAUUAGGAAGCUUAGUGGGGAGCACUCAACUUUAAAAAUUAACAUUUUCGUAAACAUAUUGCUUAUUUUAAAGGUUCUUUGUCUAAAUUUGGCCUAGGACUUGAUUUGCUGAAGAUUCUUAGGCCACGUUUGACAAAAUUCAUUUUGUAGAAUAUGACGAGUGGCGGCGAGUUCAAAUGGCUGCCUCUUUUCCGAAAGUAAUUGAAUUGGCUCUCUUCUUCAAAGUUUUGGGCCCUACCGCUCUCUAUUCAGCCUGGCGGCGCCCAUCCAAAAAUUUUGAGUUUUUACACACUCAAACUUCAAAAAACUUGUUUUCUUCACAUUCGGACCCCCGGAAAAUGGGAAAAUUUUCGGCGAACCGAAACAGUUUUUUAUGGGUAAGGGGGGCGCGCGAAACGAGCGAAAAAGAGGGCUUCUUAUCAGUCGGGAAAGACCUAAUUUCGUUUGUUCAUGGCCCAAUUCUCUCGUUUUUAUCACUUUUUGUCCCCCCUCCCCCUCCCCGCCCAAAUGUUUUGAGAGCGCAUUUUGCACAAUUUCCAAACGGGAUUUUUGAGCAUUUUUGUUGGCUUUGUAGAUUUCGAUGAGUUCUACAAAUGUAACAACUUACCUUACUAUUAGAGCCGGUAUUGUAGCGACUUUCAUUUUGAAGCGGGCCCGUUUUUGCAAGUACACAUCUGUCCACUAUAAAACUUUAUUCUCUGCAGAAAUCCUUCCAACUUUGUCAAGGUAGUUUCGAAAAAGAACUCAGCCGCCGGAUUUCGAAGAUUUCAUUCUCCGCUUCCCAAUUGGAUUAGCAUGUUCCGGUCUUUUCUUUUUUCUCUCUCUCUCUCUCUCUCAUCCAUCAAUAUAUACAUUUUUGAAUUCGCCGGGCACACACACACACACACACACACAUCCAUCACAUUAGGUACAAUUAAAUUCCGAAAUAUGCGCCCAUCCCUCUUACUUUCACUGUCCCACUAUUUUUUCCAGGUCAAUUUGUACGUGCCUGUCUCUUUUUCGUUUUCGCGCCUUUUCAUCGGUGAAUUGUGUGUGUGUUUUUCGCAACAAAAACGCGGGAAACGAAUACGAAAAAUUUGAGCCAAUUAUUGUAAAACGGAGCCGACACGAAAUUGCAUUUUUCGGCCCGAAAGUGUACAAUUUUCGAGAAGUCAAGGCCACGAAAAUGGAAACAUUCGCGAUUUUGCGUUUUCGCCUACAGUAGUUGUUGAAAUUUAAAGGCGCAGCACGCAGUUGCUCGUGAAAUGCGGAAAAUCAAAGUUUUGCAAAGUUUUUCAGUGAAUAUUUCGAGAUCAAUUUAAAUUUCACGCUUCAUUGGCCUAAAACUGCUGAAAAAUAUCGUAAAAGUUUACAGCACCCACCCCAUCCGCACAUCAAAAUUUCGCAAAUCGCCGAAGAAUCAAUCGGAAAUCCAUUAUGGUCACUUGAAAUUCACCAAGGUUUGCAGAUUGUCGCGUUUACCAUAAUUUGGCCGCUUUUCCUUCGUUUUUCCCUUCAAAAACCGCAAAACCGGUCAGUAAUCCAUCUCUCUUUCCCCCCCUCCUUCUUCUCCUUCUUCUUCCAAAAUCUACGAAGAAGCGCCGCCCCCGCAAAGUCGUCCCUUUUUGCUUAUUCAGAAUCGGCGCUCAUAUCGGAUUGCAUGUCGUAUUUUUUGGAAAUGAAAUUUUUAUUUGUCCCCCACUGAUUUAUGAGCGGUCUCUUGGACAAAAAAAAAAUGCAAAAAACGGUUUAUUAGGCCAGGUGGUGUAGCCUUUUUUGUUUUUCCGCUUUCGCUGCGAGACCCGACCACUUUCCGUCGUUUUCACACUCGAAUUGCGCCUCCAGCAAUUCACAAUUCAAAAUCCCUUCCCCGAAUUCGAAUCCAAAUCCAGAAAACUUUCUCUCCCCCCAAAACUAGUCUCUUUCUCUUCUUCUUCUUCUUCUCCUCCUCCUCCGCCUCCCAAAUUUCAUAACCCAUCCCACUGCCUGACUUUUCUAGAAUAAAAGGAAUGCUUAAAAAAUGUUGACUCAUCCGGCUCCAUCAGAAUCGCUAAUGAGAAACGGUCUCGCGCCGGCGCCCAACAUUCCGAACCCACGAAAUGCUGGCAGGAAGAAGAGCAACCCGGUGAGUUGGAGCAAACGCGCUUCGCUAAAGACUCAAAACCGAUUCUUCAGGUCUGGGAGUUUUUCACCGAUUUGCGAGCUCACGGCCUCGCGGGAGUCCGCUGCAGAUUCUGCCAUUGGGUCACGAAUGAUCGCAGUCCGACCACUAUGAAAUUCCAUUUGAAAAGGAAACAUGACACUGGUUAGUUAUUUUUCUAGUUGACAACGAAAAAAUGUUCAUCAAGACAUUAUGCACAUUUAAUCAUUUGAUAACCUUUUGAUAUCUCUACAAACACAGUGAUAAAUCGAAAUAUUCCAUUUGUUUAUGUUUCAGGACCCGGCGGGCUUUGGGCGAUCUGCGAGGAGAAGAUCAAUUCGCAAGCUCCGGCAAACUAUGCACCUCGAGUGAAAAAGCAGGUAAAACUCGAUUGCUGCCGGUCACGCGCGAUUCAAUCCAGCGAACUAAUAGCAAAAGAAAAAAAUGAGAAAAAAAAACAACACGGAUAUCGUUUGCGUUCCCCCCUUUCUCUCGUUCUUCCUCUGGGUUCGAUGGCUAUGGCGCGCGCGCCGAAAGCCGCCUCGCAAACAUGUUUGAAAUGGAAAUGGAAAUAGUGGGUGACCUAGAAAUCAGGCGAAAUUCGCAUUAAUUUUUACAAUGACGCCAGCCGGGGGGCGCCCGCGGCUUCUCCUCCGAACACGGCGAGAGAGUGCGCGCGCCCGAGAGACGCAGACAAAUACUCCGAAAUCCAGUUUAGACGCCUCACGGACUAUUUGGGAAUUGGGAAUGUCUAAACUGGACACACGCGCUUUUGGUCACGAAUAAAGAAGAAUUUCGAAAGAAAGUCAAGUUAAAAAAGGACAGGGAGUGAAGUAAGCAAGUGCGCUCUUUCGAAAUAAGACGGCAAGUGUUCCAUUUGUCACGCGAUUUUUCGCUUUUUUGCCCUUUCAAAAAACUUCAAAAGCGACAGAAUUUCUCGCUCUUGCUCUCAAAAAGUGUGUGGGAAAGUAAUUUCGUUAUUUCAGCCGGAAGAUCUUCUCCUGAAAGCCCUCACGCACUCGUCGCCGUUCCCGUUCAAUCCGUUUGCGACAGCCGAAAUCAAGCUCGGCGCCCAGGAUGAUUUCCUGGCCGCCCUCAUCCAACAAGCUUCACAGUACGCAAACGCCAGCACGUCUCCGUCGGCCAACUCGAAUGUAAGUUGUUUUUCAGGCAAAAACUGGGAAAAGGACCGGAAAAGGAGGUUCUUUCAGCUCGUAUAUCCUGCUCGUUGUGAGACCCGGUGCUUUCAAAGUGCAUAUCGGGACCUCACAACAAACAGAAUUUACGAGCUGAAAAAACCUCGUUUUCCGGAGUUUUUUCUCCAGUUUUUUUCCCUAAACUCAGGUUUCAAUUUUCAGGAAGGAAAUGCCUCGAACGAGAACGAAAGUCUCACAAGCGAUUCGGUGUUCCUCAGCAAACUGAACAGCACCUAUCAGAGCUGCAAAGAAGAGGACUCGUCGUCGUCGUCCGUCUCCGGCAGCACAUCCACGAGCGCCUCGUCGGACUUUCAGCUGAGCGACGGAUCGAGCAUUGCCACGUUGCUACAGAUCGCCACCGACUCCGAUCUGGUCUUCACGUUCAACGCGCGCAAAUUGGGCGAGUACUGCUUUGAGAGCAACGCCAAAAAUGUAAGUGUUUGGCGAUGUACACCUUUUUCGAUCCCCGACAUUUCAGCACAAAAUGGUGACACUGACCGACUGCGGACACGAAAUCCGCGUGAGCCAACUCGAUAGCGACGAGGAGAUUCGUGUGGAAAUGUGGCGGAAAAGCGAUUGGCAGCAGUUUACGUGGGCGGUGCGUGGCACGUGUCUCCAUUUUCUCAAAAACGAAAUGCCACCGCCGCCGUCGACUGCCGAACUCUUCAAACUCGCAGCAGAUCCCCCGGAACUUUCAGACACCUAA